AUGCUCGUUGUGAUACCCAUUACCUCAAGCCUUGGACAAGGCAACACAGGAAUAUCUCUUGAGAACAUUGCUCUCUCAGGAGUUGGCGUAGCUGUCGCGGAUACGACUGGUGCAACUCUCCUUGCCGCGUCAAGCUCCAUAGACCAAUGGGUUGUCGGCCCGGUCUACGAGGGCUCGACUUCAGCUCGCACGUUCUCACAAGGCGCGAAGGUGGGACAGUAUAGACGAGAGCACUCUCUCUUGGACGCCAAGGGUAACUAUUUCGAGCGUGCGAGGCCACAGUACGAAGAUCAACCAGCCUCCGCAUUCGUGCAUACCAAAGACCUGGGCUGCGCAGGUGACGGCUCGACUGACGACACCGCAGCCUUCCAGGCAGCACUGUACUCGAGCGUCGGCAAGAUUUUGUUCGUCGAUGCCGGCACAUAUAUUCUCACCUCCACAGUCACCAUCCCGCCGGGGUCCAAGCUCGUUGGAGAGACUUGGUCCCAGUUGGCCGCAUCCGGCUCUUUCUUCUCUGACGCCAGGUAUGUGCAUCACCGUUGCUUCCAGUUCAUCAUCAGUUCAUUGUCUUCACAUAUGGUUCGAUUUACUGACCAUAUUCGGAUGUAG